CCCCGAGUGUGACUGUCGCUCCUGGCUGGAGACAAUUUCUGUCCUCUCCGGACUCAUCACGUCACGCAAGUGUUUAUUUUCUCACAACUUGAGAAAUGAGUGGUGUGUGUGUGUGGUUUUCUUUUUGCAAUCUCAACUCGGGGCUCGCUGUUUGUGAGAAUCUGUGUCGGCACAUGAAUCAUUAACCAUAGCCAUCCCACUCCUGUUGGACUUUACACUUUGGGGUCCUGAGAUUGGAGUGAACGUCACUCUGCUGCCCUUCCUCUCACUCCUUUAAAGCUCCGUGGCUACACUGGUCGUGUCCUUUCUCUUUAACAAACAAAAAGCGCAGCCUCCGGUUCAAACAACAUUCGGUGCCGUAAACAGUCAACACACACAAAGAAAUUAGAUUUGAAUCAAUCAUGAAUAGGAUCCUGUCUCUGACCAUCCUCAUCUGUGCCGUCCUCUGCGCGGCUGCGAAAAAAGAUGGCCCGAUCUCGGGUCGCUGGCGCGGGGGACGUCGCUACACGUACGCCUACAGCGCCGGCGUGGCGACUGGGCCCGAGGCGACGGGCCCUGGGGGCCGGCACGUGGCCGGGGUGAGCCUGGACGGGCGCGUGCACCUCGCCGUGCUGUGGUCCAGCAAGGAGCAGCAACUUUUGAGCGUCGCGCUGAGCGACGUGCACUUCGGGAACGUGUCGGAGCGAGCGGCCAAUCAGGACGCUGUGAGGGCGGCGGGCGGAGACGGAAUUCUGGGAGCGGCCGGGAUGAAGGCCCUUCAAGUUCCCACGCUCGUUCUCAUCACCCAGAACAAGGUGGAGGGGCUGUACGUGGAGCCGGGGGAGCCCGUGGUGGUGGAGAACUUGAAGCGGGGCCUUGUGAGCCUGCUGCAGUUCCAGCUGUCGAGCGGAGAGGCCACCGAGAUCGAUGUGUCCGGAAAGUGCAAGGUCACCUACGAGGUCAAUUCGGGUCAGGUGACCAAGGUCAAGGACCUGAAGAGUUGCAGCAACCAUCAGAACGCGCCUUCCGCAACUAACAAGGUGCUCGGGUUAGAGUGGAGCCCAAAGAGUGUGGCGUCGUACACUUUUGAGAGCGGUUUGCUGAAGUCUGUUUCGCUGGAAGAGACGCACAGCAUCACCCUCAACAUGCGCACUGAGGUCGGGAAGACGGUGGUGAGCAGGCAGCGGCUGGAGAUGCUCUCGGCCGAGGGCGGCGCCAAGCAGCUGAAGGCCAAGACGGCCGAGGAGGCUUUGGCGAGCGCUGGCGGGCAGCACGCAAGCCGCCCACUGCCGUCCGGGAAGCCGCGCCACGAGUGCGCCAGCUGCCCCUCUGCAAAGAAGCAGCUGAGCGCCGUGAGGAGGCACCUGCACCCGGAGACGCUGUCGCAGACGGUCACCACGCGCAGCUUCCUCAUGCUGGUGCGCGCGUUCCGCGGCGCCGAGUACGGCGAGCUGCUGCGGCUGCUCGAGGACGAACCCAAGGACACGCUGCUGCAGCUGAUCGACGCGAUGAGCGCCACGCAGACCGACGCGUCGCUGCGGGCGCUGCUCCACUUCCUCGACCUGUCCCAGGGGAGCAUGGCGGAGGCUCACGAGCGCUUCCUCUACGCCUGCGCCUUCGCCACCAAGCCCUCGCAGCAGCUGCUCUCCGGCCUGCUGGACAAGCUGAAGUUGCCGAUCGCUCAGUCGGAGACGAGCGACACGCUGGUGAUCGUGAUCGGGGCCCUCGUCGGGAAGCUGUGUCAGGCGGGGCAGUGCGAUUCUGCGCCGGUGGUGGAGGCGCGGGAGCUGCUGUUUGCGGGGCUUGAACGCGCCGCCUCGGACACGGAGGGUCAGGCGUUCCUGCUGGCGCUCAAGAACACGCUGCUGCCCGACACGGUCGGCGUGUUCGCGCGGCACGCCGAGGUCGGCUCGGGCGCCAGCAGCGUCAUCGCCAUCUCCGGCCUCCAGCGGUUUCCCGAUGAGCUCAUCACGCCGGAGGUGCGGGCGGCGCUCAACAGGAUCUACCACCAGAACCGGCGCGUGUACGAGAAGACGGUGCGCGUCGCCGCGAUGGAGCUCAUCCUCACCAAGCAGCCGUCCCUCGAGGAGGUGCGCAACAUCCUGCUGUCGGUCGGCGAGCUGCCCAACGAGAUGUCAAAGUUCGUGGUGGUGCGCAUUAACGACCUCCUGCACUUCCGCCACCCGACCAGCCAGGUGAUCAGACAGGUGCUGCGAGACCCCAUUGUGCACAACUACGACCGCUUCGCCAAGACGGGCUCCUCCUCCGCCUACUCUGGCUUCAUGUCCGAAACCAAGGACAUGACCAGCACGUACAGCCUCAACAUCCUCUACUCCAACUCCGGCAUGCUCCGCAAGAGCAACAUGAACAUGUUCCUCUUUUCACACGAGGCCCAGCUGCACUCUGUGCAGGUGUCGCUGGAGGCUCAGGGACUGGAAGGGCUUAUUGCGGCCACGCCGGACGAGGGAGAGGAGGAGCUGGACUCGAUGGCGGGGAUGGCGCCCAUCCUCUUCGACGUGCAGCUGCGUCCAAUCACCUUCUUCCGCGGCUACGGCGACCUCAUGGCCAAGAUGUGGGAGGCCACGGGGGAGCCGACCUCCGCCGUCAAGGGCAUCAUCCUGCUGAUCGAUCACUCGCAGGACUUGAGCCUGCAGUCAGGGCUGCGUGCAGACGUUGAGUUUCAAGGAAGCCUGGCCAUCGACAUCUCGGGCAGCAUGGACGUCAGCCUGUGGAACCGCGAGUCCAAAACCAUUGUGCGCAACAAGGGUGCCUUGAUGCUGUCCGGGGUGGUCACCGUGGCGCUGGGCCACCUGCAGGUGAGCAGCGAGCUGAGCGCCGAGGCGGCGGCUGGCAUGGACUUCACCACCACCGUCAAGUUCAACUCCUACCCGUUCCUGGUGUGCAUGCAGAUGGAGAAAGACACCUUCCCCUUCAGGGAGGUGCUCACACAGUCGGAGGAGGUGUCGGGGCUAAAGAUCCAAUACAGCGCUCGCAAGGGACGAUCCAUCCUCAUCCCGGGCUCCGAGUACCCGCUCCACCAGGACAACUCGGCCAUGUGCCGCCGCAUGCACCAACCCGAGGACAGUGAACCCGAGUGGUUUUGAGGCGCACACCCACCCACCCACCAACCCACCUACCCACCCACCAACCCACCCACCAAACCCACCUACUCACCCACUA